AUGGAUUAUGUUGUUGUAAGCAGUCUACUAGGAAUAGUAGAUCAACUACAGCUUCUUCUUCUUCAUAAAAAUCCUUGUUUCAUUCUUCCUGAUGAUGCUCAAAUCAUCCUAUCCACCUUAAAGGACAAGCUCCAUUUCCUGCACACCUAUCUUGACGAGCCUAGGCCCAUAAAUAUCUUUGAUCCCGAUCUCGAUGAGGCAGUGAAAAGGCUGUUUAAAGAAAUCAGAGAUGUUGCAAUGAAAGCAGAAGAUGAAAUCGAAUCCAAAGUGGGUGAAGUUUACUUGGCGGCUAACCAGCAGCAGGGUGAGGCUGCAGCUUGUGAAGAUCUUUAUCGGAGCUUGCAACAAGUAGUGAAGGAUUUUGAGUGUGUUGAGGUGCGCAUCAGAGAUCUGCAAACCAGACAUACAGCCUCAAUUCAUCAUGCUUCUUCAUCAACACCACCUUGUUUACAGCUAGAGAACGACAGGGAUGGUGUCUCCUCCUCCAACUAUGAUUUAGAGAAUACAUUGACAGGAAUGGAAGGUGAUGUUGAGAAAAUAAAAGGCAUGCUCAUUCAAACUUCUUCGUCCACUCAACUACAAGUCCUUUCAAUUGUGGGAAGGAGAGGGACAGGUAAGACUACUUUGGCCAAAAAAGUGUACGGAGAUCCAUCUAUUGUGUCUCACUUUGUCAUUCAAGCAUGGACGAUUGAAGGUCUAGCACGCAGUAAGAGAAAUGUACUCAUUGGUAUUCUAAGUUGUAUUGUGUCAUUGACCAAUGAAGAAAUCUCCAAACAAAAUGAUGAGCAGCUAGCAGAGCGACUUCGCAAACUUCUGAUGGGCCAAAGGUAUUUGAUUGUCAUUGAUGACCUUUGGACGAAAAAGGCAUGUGAUGAAUUGAUGAGUACAUCUUUUCCAGAUGAUAGAAAUGGAAGCCGAGUUCUGAUAACUACUCUAAAUAUGGUUGUGGCUGAAUUUGCUAGUAGCUCAGGUAUGUGGAUUUUCGAAACAUGGGGUCUGAAUCCAGAAGAAAGCUGGAAAUUAUUAAGCAAAACUGCAACGUGUAAUGGAAAAUUAUGUAGUAGUCUACCCCCUGAAUUAGAGAAAAUAGGGAGAUGCAUUGUUGAGAAAUGUAAGGGAUUGCCACUAGUAAUUGUUUGGAUUGGUGGACUUCUGGCCACACUCAACAACUCACCAAGGCAGUGGGAGGAUGUUCUGUUCACCAUUUCAUCAUGCGAGCAUCGUUCUGGGAUACUGUCAUACAUAAUUGAAGUUUGCUACAACUAUUUGCCUGGUCACCUAAAACCUUGUUUUCUUUAUUUCGGAGUUUUUCCUCAUGAUACCAAAAUUCAUGUGAAAACGUUGAUUAAGUUAUGGGUAGCUGAAGGAUUUGUAAACCCGGAGACAAACAAGAGUUUAGAAGAGAUAGCUAUAGAAUAUUUGUGUGAUCUUAUCAAUAGAAGGCUAAUUCAAAUUCACAAGAGGAGUUUGGAUAGAAAAAUCAAAUCAUGUAUGCUGCAUGUUGUAGUACAUCAUUUUUGCUGGAAAAAAGCAAUUGAGGAGGAUAUUAUUACGGUUCGUAGGCCUGAUGAUAAUGAGUUUAUUGAAGGUAUUGGUCGAUAUCUUCAUCAUCAUUGA